GCCAUUGUCACGGGGCGAGUAGCCUGUCUUUCAUAAAAGCCGCCCUCUCGGAGAUGUCGCGCCCAGAAGCGACUCGAACACACAGCGAGCUGCAUGGCUUCGAGGAUGACGGUACGCAUUCUCUAGGCUGCAACACUCGGGUCAACGUGCGCAGAGACCUUGCUGCGCCGGCGUCUCCAAUGACCGCGAGCUGCAGAUGCUAUAGAGGGCACGUUGCGCUGAGCUGAAAUUGCGCGCCACUGGAACAAAAUACGGACGCCUUGGAAGAAUUGUAAAGUUGCAGGGCACAAGAGGUUGAACAGCCAUGUGCCGGCUGAAGCACUGCAGGCGCUCCUCAGCUGCUCUCUUUCCACUGAUCGCGGCAACUCUCGUCCUGGCGACGACGGUUUCCUGUGCUGCGGGCGGUGUUCGACCGUCCUCGUCGUCGUCGCCGACGAGUGCAUCGGGCACCAAGAAGACCGAAAUCUGGCAGAUCGACUUGCUGCCCGACAACGGAGGCGGCCGGGGCGCCGGCCACGGGGGCGGAAAUGGCGGCGGCUUCGGGCCCGUCGCACCCCCGCAACCGCCGCCGGUCAUCCACCACCACCACCACCAAGCGAACGACAGGGGCGCAGUCGGUGGAGGCGUUCAUCACGUGGGAAACACGGGCCUGCACACGUUCGCAACGGCGGGCGGUGGCGAGUCUUACGAGCAGCAGAUACCGCUUCACGCCAUCGUGCACAACCCGAUGCAGGUCGACCCGACGUCCAGGUGGCCGUCAAGCUCAGACUGCGCCAUGACCAACAGGGACAUGUCGGCGGCGGCGCCUCUCGUCGCGCUGUUCGUGGGACUGGCGCUGGCGCUGCCCAUGCUGGGCCUGCUGUUCAUCGCCAAGAUGCACCUCUUGUCGGCGCUGACGGGCUCCUCGGGCACCCACACGGUCACCACCAGCGUGGGCGGCCGCAAGGAGGACGCGCUGGAGCGUCGGCUGGCCGACGCCUGGCCCGCCUUUCGAGACGCCGUCAGCAAAUAUGUGCUCGACGGCCGGUCCGUCGGGACAACCAAGAACAUGACAGCGCAUUCCAUGUAGAACCCAUUGUUGCUGAUGUGUGUUUUCCAUGAACUGAAUUAAUGUAGGAAAACGCCCAGCUGAGAGAGAGAGAGAGAGAGAGAUGAAGAUGCAUAAGAGGAAAAAAAGAUAUGUUGUCCUCAUAAUGUAACAGUUCAGCAUGCUUGUUUAACAUGCUACACCGAUGAGAAGGAAGCAUAGGAGUUAGGAAAAAAGGCGUACUAAGGAAGAUAGGCGGUAGGAUGCGAAUAUAUGUGCACAUUCAUGUUUGGACUACCCAUUCGUAGCCCGUAAUUUACGUCUGUGUUGCCAAAAAUCUUGGCAGAGUCCUGGUGGCCCACUUCGUUGAUAUUAUGUCAAUGGCCCAGUAACGCUUGUUGCCAAUUGGCGCUUACGAACAAUAAUGAACAAUACAAAUGUCGUUCGCACUUCUAUUGGGCACAAGUAACUAUCCAAAGGAACGGUAACAGAAAACCCAAGCGGCGCGAACACAUUUAUUGUGACAAAAAGCACCAAAGCAUCAAGCGCAUCAUGCGCAAUCCCGUGGUCUCAGGCUAAACGCGGGAACCACAUCCAUACACACCAUCAUAUCACACAAAACAGUUGCUGCGCAAUGCACAACCUAGAAUACAAACACGCCAGAAUUCGCAAGCCAGAUCAGUGCAUGCAGAUACACGUGCGCUUGUUGAAUUAAAAGACGCCUACGUAAGAAUACCUACAGCGUUACAUAAUCGCAUCUGCAACGGGGAAAAAGGCUGUCAUAUGUGUUGCCAACAAAAUAGGCUCACUAUGUACGAACCACUAUAUUACAGUCAGGGUAAGUAUACGUUGUAGCGAUAGAGGCGUAUACGUUCAAAACAUGGUGGUAGUGGUGGUAGCAAUUUUAUAAAACAUUGUGGUUCAUUGACGGUCCAUGGAAAUUAGCGCCAUCUGUGUGGCGAAGGAACACUUCCAACAGAAGAAAAAAUAAUGUGACGCCAUAUCCGUUAAAAAUAGAAGUGACGUCAUUUCUGUUCUCGAAAGGCGCGAAAUUUGUUUUGGUGGCCUGCCAUUGGAGUUGCAAUUUCGAUUGCCCCUCAAUUCGACUCGAUGGGCGCUUCGAGCUUUCAGCGCGCAAAGCGAUGCAGCAUAAAGUCAGCCGUACAACUGUCGAAAUCGGACGCAUGUACGAAUAUCGUUUCUUUGGAGACAGAAGAAAGCUUUGGGUGUAGAAUGCUGGUCGCAAUCGUCAGACGCUGUCGGCCAGCGCAGCCGCACGAUAACAGCUAAAAUAAACAAUUACCUGAUGGUCGCAAGUGACUACUUUUGAAUGAAGACGUUAAGAAACGACAAAACCAUCCACGUUAUAACAGAAUUCAGACAAUCGUUGAAAAGCAAAACAACACAAUGUGUGUGACAGGACAACGUUAAUUGUAGCAUUAUUGCAACAUAAUUCAAAAGGUGAAGUUUACGAACGCGCCUGCUGUCCACUUCAAGAGCUGCAUUGCACUGCGACUGAUUAUUGCGUCAACGCCUCCAUUUAUACUGGGCGCAGAAAGGGAGUUAUUUAAUUGCAUUGAAUUACUUAAUGAUAGAGUAAAAUGGAGUUAUAAUUUCUUUCCUCAGCACGCGUGUAUAAAACUGACCAGGAAUUUUAUAUUCAUUGAAUGAAUCAAACUGUGUCUCGCUUAAAUUAAAAAAGCUUUUUUUUUUUCAAUGUUUCUUCCCUCCUCACAUAGCCGUCCUUCAUUCACUGCUCCCACAGCCACCCUUACGGAUGUCGGCGACAACUGUUUUCAAGCACUUUCCGCCGGAAGCUUCGUGACCUAUUUGUAUCGACGUUGCCACACUCGCUAAGUGCAGGAACGGCUAAAACGAAGCGCAUUGCAUGGCUCAAGUUGACAUUAUUGAACUGUAGCACGAAGAGACAAGGACAAAAGACGAACACGAGGUGGCACGCGUCAAAUAUGAAACGCAUUCAUUGCGCAAAGCAGACCGCCCUUCGUGAGCGGAUAUCUGCAAUCACUAAGCGAAAGCUGACGAAAAAAAAAAUGCGUCGAGAAGCGCGAUACACCACACCGAGCAGAUAAAAGCUAGGCGAGUAUAGAGGAACACCCCAGGAAACACCUUUCACAUGUGGGACGCAUGUUGACCCAUGACGCAACUUUUCAUGUGGUGCACUUUUGUUAGUUUAGCCCAGCUCUCGAAAGAAACUUGUAAUUAGCAUUGAGUAUGUGUGCAUGUUUACGUCUUCCUACUUUUUUUAGGCAUGCGUUCGUGGCGUGUGUGUCGCGACAGUUUGCUUCAAUUUUUCAUUUGAAUUUGUCAAGCCUAUGGUCGGACGAACCCGUCCAGCUUCAACUCACGCCAUCAUCGUGAUCAUCAUAAUCAACAUCCUCUCUCUCGACCUGUGUCCAGGCCUUUCUGUGUUGUCUUGUUUUUUUUUCAACAUUUGUUUAAUUUUUUAAUACUUUGUAUUUUCGUAUUUGCCAUGAAAUGUGUGCUUCUCUUUAUUGGGCGUUCUUGAUAACUUCGACUUUUGUGUCUAUUCCCCUCCUUCUCAAAGAUUAUGCAUGCAUCGUGCCCCUUUCGGUGGCAGUUGCCGGCGCGCUCCCUACCUAAUUCCGGUUUGUCCAAUGUAUGUGUGUUUUCACAUCAAGUAAC